UCCUUUUUGGCAAAAGAAAUAAUGCACCUGACGUUACCAGGGGGAAACAACCAGCGGAGGAGAACAAGGAACAGAUGUAAAAGGAAUAAAAGGAGAGAGAGAAAGAGAUGAGACUCGUUUAAAGAAAUCCAGGGGCUGAAGAGGUGGCUGCAGCAGCAGAGGCAGCUAGAGCUUUCCCGUCUGCGUGAGCGGCAGGCGGAGGACGUUUUCACCAGUUGCAGAUGUAACCUCGGGAACUCCUGGGUGUGUUGGUUUGUUUGCCAAACAAAGUCUUUUCUUCUUUGGCUCAGACACUGAAAAGGCUCCUGGAUUUUUCUGCCAUCCCGCGACAAGCUGGCAGUUACCCGGGAGCCUUCCCAAGGAGCUGGCGGAGAAAUGAUCCCUUCUGGGCGGAGGAUGGGCGCCGGGCGUCAGCGGCGUGGGGCUCCCUCCUGGAAGCGCCUCCUGCUCCCCGGGAGGAGAGGGUCACCCCGCGGGCGGCGGGGCGGCGGCGGCUCCAGGGCGCGGCGCUUCCUGCUCGGGCUCUUCAUGCACGCGUGGCUGUGGGCGGCCUCGGGCACAUGUGCCCAGGUGUUCAACCUCAGCCUUUCUGUGGACGAGGGACUUCCUCCGGACACUCUCGUCGGCGACAUCCGCGCCGGGCUGCCGGCCACGCAGCAGCAGGAGGGGGGAGGCUUCUUUCUGUCGGAGGAUUCGGAUGACUCCCCGCUGCUCGACGACUUCCACGUGCAUCCGGACACCGGCAUCAUCCGCACGGCUCGGCGCCUGGACCACGAGCGGCGCGACCACUACAGCUUCGUGGCCGCCACGCUUCUGGGCGCCGUGGUGCAGGUGGAGAUCCGCGUCAACGACGUGAACGACCAUUCACCCCGCUUUCCCCGCGACUCCCUGCAACUUGACGUCUCGGAGCUCAGCCCGCCAGGUACCGCUUUCCGCCUGCCAGGUGCCCAAGACCCCGACGCCGGGCUGUUCAGCACACAGGGCUACACCCUGAUCCAACCGCCCAAUCUUCCCGAGGACCCCGCAGGACCGUUCUUUCAGUUGCGCUACGGGAACCCGGGGUCACCACCGUCGCCGCGGUCCUUGUCGCCCCUGGAGCCCCUCGACCUGGUGCUACUGCGCCGCUUGGACCGAGAGGCGGCGGCGGCACACGAGCUGCAGAUCGAGGCGUGGGACGGCGGUCGUCCGCGGCGCACGGGCCACCUGCGUGUGGAGCUGCGCGUGCUGGAUGAGAAUGACAACCCGCCCGUCUUUGAGCAGAGCGAGUACCGCGCCGCGGUGCGCGAGGACGCUCGGCCGGGUGCCGAGGUCUGCCGCGUGCGCGCCACCGACCGUGACCUGGGGCCCAAUGGCCACGUGCGCUACAGCAUCCGCGCCCGGCAGGCGCCCGGGGCAGGUGGCGGCGGCGGAUCACUGGGCGACGCGGCCUACUUCACUGUGGAGGAAUUGAGCGGCGUGGUGCGGCUGCGGAGGCCGCUGGACCGCGAGGCGCAGGCCUGGCACCAGCUGGUGGUCGAGGCCCGCGACGGAGGUGCCGAGCCCGAGGUCGCCACCGUGCGCGUGUCCAUCGCGGUGCUGGACGUGAAUGACAACCGGCCGGCCAUUCACCUCCUCUUCCUCACCGAGGGAGGCGCCGCUCGUGUCUCUGAGGGUGCCCGACUUGGAGACUAUGUGGCUCGUGUCUCGGUGUCCGACGCGGACGGUGACCCGGAGAAGGAAGAGGAGGCCGCUGGACAACUUGAUGUAGGCCUCGGAGGCGGGAGCAUCUCGUUGUCCUUGGAGGGCGGGGAGGGAGCCUUCGCGCUGCGGCCUGGAGGCUCUCCAGGGGUUUUUUUCCUUUGCGUGGAGGGGCCCCUGGACAGGGAGAGCCGAGACCUGUAUGAUUUGCGACUGGUGGCCACGGAUGCGGGGUCCCCGCCGCUGAGCGCGGAGGAAACGCUGCUGCUCCGGGUCGCUGACCUCAACGACCAGCCGCCUCUCUUCAGCCGGGAGCAUUACCGGGCCUCAGUGUCCGAGGCCGCGGCCCCCGGCACCGCGGUCUUGUGGGUCAGCGCCUCCGAUGCGGACGAGGCUGGCACCGACCACGCCCGGCUGCGCUACACGCUGGUUCACCUCCAGGCCCGCUGCAACCCAGAGGCUCUGCGGGCCCCGGCAGAGUGUGGACCGUCCUUCACCAUCGAUCCCGAAAGUGGCGUGAUCAGCACCACCCGGAGUCUGGACCGAGAGGUCCAGGAGGCGGUGGAGCUUAGAGUGGUGGCCCAAGACCUUGGAGAGCCCCCGCUCUCUGCCACCUGCCUGGUGAGCAUCACCGUCGACGACGUGAAUGACAACGAGCCCAUCUUCCUGAGGCAGGUAUACAACGCCACCCUUGCGGAGCAUGCCCCGGUUGGACACUGUUUUCUGCAGGUGAGUGCAUCAGACCGGUGGAUCAACCGGAAGGCCUGGGAAGGGAUGCAGAGGUUGUGA